CUACUCAGAGGCGAAAACCGAUUGGUAGUAGGUGACUUCAAUGCGCACCACGAUCUUUGGCACUCAAGCCUGGCCAAUGAUCGGAGGGGAAACAGUUUGGCUGAGCAGAUAGACGAUUCGACAUUCUGCACCAUGAACGACGACGCCCCCACCAGGAUUGUGGGCAGCUGCAGCAGCUCGCCAGACCUAACAAUUGCUAGCGCUGGUCUGAUAAAUAGCAUAUCAUGGCGACCUAUGCUAACGUUAGCAUCAGACCAUCUGCCCAUAAUCAUCUCGAUCAAUAAGCCCACCGACUUUGCUCCCGCGGAUCACCGAACCUACACCAACUUCAACAAAGCUGAUUGGAACGGCUUCGCGGAAGUUACCGAGAGCAGCUUCGCCGCCCUCCCCACACCCACAGACGUACAUGCUGGAGAACGCCAGUUCCGCAAGGUAGUCACAGCCGCAGCUCGCUUCAUACCGUCCGGACGCAUCGCGGAAGUCCGCCCAAAUUUCCCAGCUGAAGCAGCUGUCGACCCCGGGGACCCUCGCUUGAGGGAACUUAAUUUGGAGAUUCGGCAACUGGUAAAUCAACACAAGCGGACAAAGUGGGAAGAGCACUUGAAGGCCUGUAACUU